GCAGUCAAAUCAAUCCUCCCAUCCAAAGAAGAUGAAGCCAAGAGGCGAGAAGCCCGUCGCAAAUCUCUCGCCAACCGCAGAGUAUCCUUUGCGCCCGAAGCAACCCUCCACACCUGGGACGUCAUCGAGUACAUGCGCGAUGCCACCGCCUCAUCAAACUCUUCCGAUCAUGCAAGAGCACACCAAGAUCCCGAUUCAGAUCCUCCCUCCACUCCGCCAGAGCAAGCAGACGAUGACGACGAUGACUUACCACAAUCUCCUGAACACCAGCGCGACGUUCACCAGCAGAAGCGUCGCCGAAGCUCUGCCAUUCCUCCCAUGAACUUCAACGACCUGGACGACUAUUCUUCAUCUCCAGUCAGCGGCAGUAGCAAUGUCGAAGCUAGUAGCGAUGUUGAAGAAGACGUCGAGUCUGAAGACGAUGGAGAAAGCACGGCUAUGAGCCUGGAUCAAGGAGACAACACUUUGCUCUCCCAGCAGUCUGGAGACAGCACCGGCUCAAGCGCUCGCCUGGAAGCUGCCUUGCAACAAGCUGCUGCUCAAGCCGGUACUCGUGGCAUUGAGUUCGACGAGUAUGGUGAUAUGUCUAUGGAAAUGGCUGGCGAUGAAAUCACAAACGCCUUCAAACCAUGGGCUCAAGGUCAGCACUUUGCCGCAGAAGACCAAGAAAACAACAAUCCCUUCGACUCAGUAUUUCGCCCUGGCCCACAACCUGGAGACGAUGAAGAUGAAGGAGAUGACGAUAUGAGCAUGGAUAUGACGCACGCAGUAGGCCGUAUUCUGCCCCAACAGCAGCCUCAGGAUGAGCAAGAAGAGACUGAAGACGAGGGAGACAUGACAAUGGAUAUGACCAAACCCAUGGGCACCAUCUGGACCGCCAACCAGCCUCAAGCACAACCACAAGAGCAAGAAGAGGACGAGACUCGCGACAUGACCAUGGACAUGACACGACCCGAGCCGACAAGACGGACCGUAGCUCAAGCACGCGAUGCGAAGCGCCGACGUUCGUCCUCAGCUCGCCAGUCUCUAAGCGAUGCCACCAUGGAUUUGACUGUAGCAGUCGGCGCGAUUCAAGAGAGACAACAAUCUCCGGUGAAGAAAGACAGGCGAUUAAGUUCACGUAGUCGCCGCUCUUCUGGCGCUUCAUCCGUUAUGGAUGAGCAGACCAUGGACUUUACCAUGGCAGUGGGUGGCAUCAAACAGCAACAGCAACAACAGCCCAAGUCGCCUAGGGAACCGUCCAUCAUCGAGGAAGAUGAUGCAGAAGGUAACGAGGACAUGUCCAUGGAAUUUACUGCCGUCGUUGGGAACAUCCUGAAGCACCAGGCCGCCACCGCUAUCGAACGCCCAGCCACACCUCAAAAUCCCGGAUCUGCUCGCAAGAGUCCUGCACCACAAAGGACUCCUUCGUCUGCGCAACAAACCCCAUCAACUGCUCAGAAGAUCCCCUCGUCUGUCCGCAAGACACCAGUGUCAGCAACAAAGAGUCCACACUUUGCUCAGAAGAGCUCAGAAUCUGCUCAGCACACUCCUUUGGCCCAAACAAGCCCCAUCUCCGUCAGGCAGAAUGGCUCGGCUCAGAAGCCCGCUUCGGUGCACAAGAGCCCUGCGAUCAAGGCCCCCACCCCUGCAUCUGUCCCGAAGAGUCCGGUCUCAAAGAUAUCAUCGCGCAAGAGUCCCGUUUCUACCCGUCGAAGCGCGAGAAUCAGUCUUGCGGUAGGCCAGCCUCAGCAGGACGUGCAGAAGCAACAUACAGAUGAGUCUCGCAGUACCUUUGCAGACUCGAUCAAAUUCCUUUCAACACCAAGUAAGGAGGCUGGUACAAGUCCGUUGAAGCGUCUUCGUGCUUUAACUCCCAAAAAGUCACCGGCAAAGAAGAUGAUGACCCCGAAGAAGAUUGCGACGCCCAAGACCUCCACACCAUUCAUUGUUGAAAACCGAAAUGCACCUGGUCUGCUCGACCUCGAAGCUGCUAAGAACAUAUUUGCUGUGCCCAAAUCCGGUCCUCCAGCAAGAAGAGUCCAGCUUAAUGAGUUCUUAGACCUCGCGGGUAUCAAAUUCAUGGACUUGACCGCUUCGAAACGUCGACACACUGUUGCUCCCACGCCUAGCGAGCCCCACGGGGCUGACGGUGAGGAUCAGAGCAUUGAUCUCGAAGGAGCUGUUGUUGCAGGUGCUUGCACGAUGCCUAUGCUCGACUUGUUUCAGCAUGCCUGCCGUGAACUCAAAAAAUACAUUUCCGAAGGCAAAUCAUUCCUCAAGACACUGGAAGCUGAGGUCUACGACGAUCCUCCACCAUUUUUCCAGGCUUACAUGAAUGCUACUUCUGAGCGUAAAUCUCAGUUGGAUGGCAACAUGAGAGAUGCCAAGACGAACGCCAGAAUGAAAAGCAAGGAAAUUUGGUAUGACUGGCGCAGUAAGCUUCUGGAUGGCCUCUCAGAUGGCCUUGAUCGAAUCCAGACAGGUCUUGACGCGGAUGCCGAGGUCUUGGGACAGAAGCAAGAAUCUCUUGACUCUGUGCUUCCUGACCUGCUUCAGCACUACGAAGGUCUUCUUAAACAAGCGGAACAGCUAGAGCAAGCUGCAGCUGCAAUUUCCGAAGAAGAGAAAGAGGAGCUGCGUGCUUCUCGUGCUCGUCUUGUUGAAGUUGACGAACAGAUUGAAGAGCGCAAGCGCAUGCUGGCUAGUCUUCAGCGUGAUGUUGACGAGCAGGACAAACUUGCCGAAGCUUACGAGGAAAGCAAGAUUGAGAGCUUGGCUGCCAUACAAGAAGCCGAGCGUGUCAAGGAGUCAUGCCGUGGCUUCACAAUCGACGAGGUCCAAUCACUCAAAGCAUCAGUUGCACAACUUGAGAAACAGAGCGGCUGGGCUAUCGCCUCGGCCUCUGGUACCAACCUCACAAUGAGCUAUGCAAACACACUGCAGCUCUAUUUCAACACAACAUCCUUCAAGAUCACUUCUUCCGCCCAUGCAACAAACCCUACAAACUCGCCCAUCUCACUCACGCACAUUACACCUAUCUCGUUGACGACCGAGAAGCGCUUCUUCCUUCAACUCAUGCGUGCACAACUGCAAUGUCUUGAUCAAAAGACUAUCUCUCUGAAACAGCUUCUCAGUUUUGUGCAGAGAGGCUGGGACGCUGCUUCACUCAUCGCCGAGCAAGUGCGCUGUUUGACUCUUGAGCAGCUUGUCAAUGUCAGUAUCCUCAGUGAUGAGCGUCUUGCUAUCGACGUUUGCAUCCUGCUGCCCAAGGUUGAGACCAAGGUCAAGGUGAGUCUGCGAUUGACAGCCACACUAUCAGACCCUGAUGCACAAGACUUGGAUAUCAAAAACGAGAUUGAUGUCGACGCCAAGGUCGUGUAUGGCGAGCCUUACAAUGAGAAGAACAUGUCUGAGUUCGUUGGCAAGAGAGUCAGAGGUCAAGGAUCAGAGGGCUGGGAUGCGACCAUAAGAGAAUUGAGGACCAGACUUGUCGCGACCGGGCGCAAGGGACGUUGA